AUGGCAUGUAUUCAGCUUUAUGUCUCGCCGUACGGUCUGAUGUUAGGACCUACCAGUGGGAAAUCCAAUUUGGGAGACUUUCUGGUCCACGUCGAGAACAGGAACGAGAAGAUCGUUGUCGAGAGCGCCGGUGUUGACAGAUGGGGUGUCCUUGGAGAGGAAUGCGGAGAGGGGUGGAAGGAGGGUGGCGAGGGGUUGGUGGAUAUAGCUACUACGUUGGGUAUUUCAAGUGCUUUGGCUUCAUCUUCUUCGCCGUCGUCUACGGAGGAGGAGGCCUCCUCACCUUCUUCAUAUGGCCAUGUUGGUGAUGGGGUGCCUAUGGAUUUGUCGAACAUAGAAGAAGCUUAG